AUGAAGAGCAAUUCAAGAAGAGAAAGGGGUGCAGGUAGUGCAGAUAUCUCGAAGACAUUACCUGCUUCACAUCCCGUUUCCCGUCUUCCCCUUCCUGACUACCGGCUUGACUCCGCGAUUGUGACUAUGGAAACUCCACAAGUACAACAUCAAAGGCUUCAGGCACUCUUUAUAGGUGUCCGAAGGGAUUUCGACGAUGUCCUAGUUGAUCAAUUUCGCGGAAUCAAGUACGCCAAAAUACCGGCGCGGUUCGAGCGUGCUCAGCCUGUGCAGAGCUUCCACCGGGCCGUCGUUGAUGCUACAAAAUAUGGGCCAAAAUGUCCGCAGGUUCAUGUAGACGUGCGCCAUUUGUUGCGCAUUCCCGAGGAUUUCGAGAUCGAGCCUGAAGCUGAGGAUGAGUUUGAAUGCCUAAACCUGGACAUUACCCGUCCUCCUCUAUCUGGCACUAAUGGCCCUCUUCCUGUUCUCGUCUGGAUAUACGUACGCAUAGACCCGACCCGGAUCGUUGCUGAGUCUAUCAAGGAAGGACAGCCGUUUCUCUUCGUCUCUUUCAACUACCGUCUCAAUAUCUUUAGUUUUGGCGACGGAAAGGAGAAGAACCUCGCGAUAAAAGACCAAAGGUUGGCCAUUGACUGGGUUCGGGAGAACAUCGUAGAAUUUGGGGGUGAUCCAAAUAACAUCACACUUGCUGGAGAGAGCGCAGGAGCAGUUUAUGUCCAUGCGCAUCUGAUUACUGGCCCUCCUGUUCAAAGAGCUGUUCUGGCAUCCGGGUCGCUAUACCUAUCUUCGCCGUUGCCGGCCGAAAGAGGAAGUGUGCUCAUCAAAACACUCGAAAGCAAGGUGCAGGAGUUGGGACAAGAGUCGCUUCGUCAUUCAUCUGUUGAAUGUCUUAUUCGCGCAUUGCAGGAGUGCAAUGUGAAUACAAUGUGGAUACAGGAGGAUUCCGAAUUCCAGGAUUGGGAGAACAAGCCCGAACAAGUCGAGGAACUCAUGAUUGGUGAUACUGAAUAUGAGUCUGUCAUUUGGAGAAACGGAAUCGAGACCCUCGACGGAGCAUCGAUUACUGCAGCUUUCGAAACCGACAAAAACUAUGGCACAAAACUGCGCAAGAUGUACCAGGUCGUACAUGACCGUCCUACUGCCUGCAAACUGGGCGCUCUAGAUUUCGUCAACGACACCCGAUACACACUCCCUGUUGAGCUGGUAACCGACAAGCUCAAAGCUGCGAACAAACAUGUUUUCAGAUACGUGGUUGACCAACCCAAUCCAUGGCAGUCUUCCAGCCGGUCUCACCACUCAGUCGACCUCUUGUUUCUGUUUGGAGGACUGGAUCUCUCCUUCAACCCCGCUGCAAAUGAAGUGGGCCAAGAGAUGCGGAAGCGGUGGAUACGGUUCGUCAAUGGCAUGUCUCCGUGGUCUGAAGACCGACGAUUUGCCUAUGGGCCCUUGGGAGAAUGUAUGGAGAUAACCGAGGCGCAGUUCGCGUCUCGGCGAAGAGUAGAACACCUCAAGGCGCUGCGAGAAGCUGGCAUUGCAGCUUACCUCCCAAUAGUUUUCGCAUUAACAGCAGGCAGAAUCAGCCUACUGAAUUGA